CAUUCUUCCCUCUGUUUUAACAGCCCCCAGUUUCAGCCCCACAAAUGUCAGAUGCAUUAAAAUCUUAACUACGUCCGACCUCCUCCAUUCAUUUGCCUGUAGAGAGACUAACUAACUCACUAACGUCAUGUGUGCGGUGACGUUUGAACUCCACAGGGACUCCAGAGAGAGAGAGAGAGAUGGAGGAGCGAAAAGCAGAAAAAAGUGAAAAUGCCAAAGUAGUCGAGACGUUUUUUUUUUCGUAGAAACAGGAAGCAGGGACGCAGAGCAAAGUAAAGGGAUCGUAGGUUAUGUGGUUUCUGUUCCAACUUAAGCAGGCGCGUUUCUUUCUUAUAUUGACGUUCGUGUCGCGGUUUUUACAGUUACUGUUACUUUACAGUCGCUGCGGUGGGAAAACGGAGGACUUUUUGUACUCUGGACCUUCGCCUCUUCUUUGGAAGAGAAUUUUCGCUUUAACUCGUUUUCCCACACCAUAUUGCUGCUCUUAUGAGGCCGUGAGGGUGUUGUAGCCGUCCUGCCACGGAGAAAAAUCGACAGUUGUGUGGUUAAGUUGUCUUUUUUCGGUCAGGAAAGAGUCCUCGGCGUUACUUUUCGCGACGAAAAGCGGCUAGCUAGCAGCUAGCCUAGCCUAACCGACACUGCGGCGGUGGUGGCGGCGGCUGCAGCCCGACUCCGUUAAACAUGGAGGCAGAGAUGCAUGUGUUUAUCGCCACAGAGCUGUUAUAUAAUCUUAAAACUGAACCGUAUUUGCGUGUGUCGCCGUCUGCUUUCAAGGGAAGCCACUUUUGACAUCCCUUCGGGCGCAGAUAUGUGGACGUGAUUUAACGUAACUUGGCGAAAAUUGAAGCUCAGUUAACAGAGACAUGGAUUCCAACCCUCUGAUAAGUGCUAUGGAUCCAUCCAUCACUCUGUGGCAGUUCCUGCUGCACCUGCUAGAUGAUCAGAGCCACCGGCACCUGAUCUCUUGGACAUCUGGCGAUGGUGAGUUUAAGCUGCUCGAUGCUGAGGAGGUGGCACGGCUCUGGGGGCUCCGAAAAAAUAAAACCAACAUGAACUACGACAAGCUGAGCCGCGCUCUGCGCUACUACUACGAUAAGAACAUAAUAAAGAAAGUAAGCGGUCAGAAGUUCGUCUACAAGUUCGUGACCUUUCCUGACCCUAAUUCGGCCGAUGGGCUCCGAGGGCCCGAGGACGGCCAAAGGGUUGGGGGUGGGGAGAAGGUGGAGGUGUCUGUUCAGCCCAAAUCAGCAGGGGGUGCUGGUGCCACCACAGGCUGCCUGUCCAAGAACCUGCAGACGCAGCGCUCUUCCCCCAGCUCAGUACAGCGUAGCUCCCGCAAUGACUAUAUGAAGUCCGGCCUCUACUCCACCUUCACUAUCCAGUCCCUUCAGACACCCUGCAAAAGCUCCCCCAAACCCAUCAAAACAGAGCUCCCAGUGGACAACACACCCAAACCAGCCACCCUGGACCGGCCAGUGCACGAGGUGCGAGUGUGUCAGCCUGAAGGGCAGCCGAGUGCAAUGCAGAGUCCACCAACAGUGGACAACAGUAGUCUGCAAGUAAUAGUGACCCACCCCUCACCAUGUGCCACACCUGCCCUCAGUCCACAAACGCCCUCCAGUUCUUCUGCUGCCGCUACCAACGUUCAGACACAGAAGAGCCAGGGAUUAGGUGAUCCUCCGCAGAUCUACCUGACCAGCGUGUCUGACCCGGGCUCGCUGACCCCUCUCAUCCCGCUGACUCCUGUAGCUGCUGGGGACUGUGUGGUCAACCCUCCCCAGGGCCAUCCUGUCUUUGUGGUAAUAAAGCAGUCACCUGUUGGAGGAGCCAAAGAGCCCAGCCUCUCAGCUGGAGAAGACCUGCUGGAAAUUGUGGAUCUGGAUGUCAAACCUGAAGCUGAGACUGUGUCCACAUCUGCUCCAGUGGCCACGGAGGCUCCGGUCCCUGUGGACGCACCCCCACCCUGCCCAGAGCCCGUGGCACAGCCAGUAGUAGAGGGAGAGCUGAAAGACAAGCCAGAGCAGCCUGCAGAGGACACCAAUACCCCUCCAGCAUCCCAACCAGUGUCCACACAGGAAGUCCAGCCUCCGAAAUCAAAAAAGCCUCGUGUGCUGGAGCUUCCUUCUUCUCCUUCACAGCUGGCCCCUGGCUUUUCGCUGGAUAAGGUCAACGCUGCGGUCAACAGCCUUCUGGCCCCAGGCAGCUCCACUAACACCCUCACACCUACCGUCAUCACCUCACACGCCCUGACUCCUGUCUUGUUAACGCCGAGUCCCCUCCCGUCCACAAUUCACUUCUGGAGCACUCUGAGCCCCAUCGCUCCGCGAAGCCCAGCCAAGCUCUCUUUCCAGUUCCCUACUAACGGAAGCAAUCAGAUCAACAUCCCAGCCCUGAGUGUGGAUGGCCUGUCCACUCCUGUCGUACUAUCUCCGGGCCCACAGAAACCAUAGCCUGUGAUUGGAUCACUCACUUGCCUGCGUGGUGACUGACUUCCAGCCCAGCCAGUGAGAAGCUGGCGACAGGUAAUGAGCAGACAGCACACUCCAUAACAGGCCCUGGUCGGUGUUCAGAGGAGCUUCCAGUCCAAUGAUGGUUGAGCAGGAGGAGUGCACUCUCAGCCUGGCCACAGCUGCCCCUGCUCCAGGACGGAAAGGUGGCAUUUUAUAGACUCUCUCAAGGUUUUGGGUUUUUUUUUUUUUUUCAUCUUCUGCAUUAUUAUUUAUUUUUGUCGUCUCAGCAGAGUAGAUAUUUUGGUGCAUCUCUCUUUCCCUUUUUAAGGAAUACUAGAAAUUUUGGGUAUUGAACUUUGAGCUCUUUAUUCUUUCUUCAACUGCUAAUAGCUGGCAGUGUUUAUCAGCAUCGCGAAGUAGACAUUGCUUUGGACUUCCUUCAUUUUGUUGUUAGAGAAGAUGAAAUAUGAUGGAAGACAGAUAGAGGGCAGUGAAAGCUCACUUCUGUGUUUGGCACUUAUGAACUCGCAAAGCAAGCAUGACCAUGAACCUUCUACGUUUUUUGGAAAAAAUCAAAUGGAACAUAUAUUUUAAAAAUUCUGGUUUUUGUCCAAGGGUAACUACACGGAAUCUAUUUUGCUAAAGAGGCAUUUAUUAACAGUGGAAUGACAAGGCCAUCCGUUGGAAUGUGGAAGAGGAAACGGGAUCCUUGAUGAUCAACUCCUUGUCAAGACGCAGAAUGUAUUAAUGUUCACUUUUUUGGCUUUAACGUCAUUCCCUUCUCUCAGAACUCUCUCCUUGUACAGACACUUAUGCUCCCAUUCCGGUUUCAAGUCCUUUUUUUCUCGUCUGCUCUUUGACAGACACCUCCUGAAAGGAAGCCUCAUGAGAAAACUUUUUGUAGUUUUAUGUUCUGUAACUUUCUUGCUGUUUGUUUGUUGUUUGUUUUAAGAAAAUGCCAGAGGAGACCAAAGACCAGCGAUUUGUAUAGAAUCCAGUUGAGUAUCUUUGUAUGUGCUGCAGCAUUUCUCUUACCGUCCUUCAUCUCUCUCACUCUCCGUUUCCAUAUUUAUCACAUAAAAGGGCUACAAGACUCAUCACGCUACCAGAACGUUAACUCUUAAUGUUUAACAGCUACAGAUCCACAGUGAAUGUAAGUUGCAUUUGGUAUUUUUGAAUAUAAACAUGUAUUUCACAUCGUAAAUAGCUGACGAUGGAGUAAAACCGUUCGAUAUAAAACUGUUAAAGCUCUGUACACAGUAAUUUUGUAUGAACCGAUUGUGUCACGACCACUACACUCCUUUUCUCUGAUGUGUGUUUAAUGAAAUUCCUUUGGAAGUUGGGUAUUUUUAGAAAUAAGCUCAUCUCAAAGCUGUGAACUAUGUUUUUUCCAAUGUGUUAGUGAGACAGACAAGAAAAAAUGCCUUUUUUUCAGUGACAAACAAAACUAAUAUUAGAUUCCAAAGGCCAUCUUUUUACUGCAGCUGUUUCAUGGCUGCAUGGCUGCCUCUGGGCUUUCUCGUUCAGGGUGGGCAGCAAGGGAUACAAGUCUUAAAGCUUGUUUGCUAGUUCUGCUAAAUUUAUCGCAGUCCUUAAAUCCGUUUUCAUUUUCAGCUGAUUACAUUUUGAUAGGGGGUUGCCCACCCUAGCCGGCUGCUGUGGGAUAUUAGCAUGGCUCUGUAUAAAAUCUGUUCACUUUUUACUCGAACAGCCUGCUGAGUUUUUUUUCCAGCAGCCUGCCCUGCAGCAUUUGCCAAUUAUAAACAUACAGGGCAUAUUGCAAAUGUACAGAUUUACAAGCCUGUUCUGUCUGUGUAACAAAGCAGUUAGUUUUUAGGUAUGUAAUUUAUCCUGUGCAGAGCAAAAGUCUCUAGAGUUCAACUCUGACAUCUACACUGUAGUUCAAAAGCAAUUCAACGUCAAACUUUUCCACCUUAUCUCCUGCGCUAAUGAUGUUUGUUGCUGUUUCUUUUACGAUUUUGAAGAGAACUGCAGAUUUGUGCACUCUUACGCUUAAUAUAUCUGUGUAAUUGUAAUUUAAUAGUACGACCCAGUUAGAUGGUAUGAUCCAAUUAAAACAUUGAGCCGCUUUUGUUGAUUUUGACCUCCUCUGGGGCCUUUUUUCCCCUCUUAUGUGUUUUGUGCUUUUGGGGUAGAAAUGUCAUUUUUAAAACACAACACACCUCACUGGUAGAUCUGUCAUCUUGUUGGUGCACUUUUGCGGAUGUGGAUCUGGACCACCAUCUCGCACAAUCUGGCAAGUAGACCCACAUGUUUCAGCAGUAUAAUUACUCCUCAGUGGUAGCCUAAGUUACACAUGAUGUCCUACAAGCCCUUGGGGCAGACGCCGAAUGUUCUUUGCAUAGACACUCACGGUCUCAGUCUUACAACUACACCAAUAAGUAGAAAAUGUCUGUAAAUAAUUCAGUUUUACUUGAAUUGCUGGUGUGGAGUUCAGAGUGGUUGAUCUCAGUGGUCGUCUCAUGGAAUACUUUGAUAGUGCGUUGGGAAUACUCUUUUCAUCCCGAAGAACACAGCCUGAAAAAUGUGUUCAAAUCGUAAUGAGUGAGCUCUUUCCUCUUUAUUUGUCUUGUGUAUGUAGGAAAGCUUUUUUUCUACUAGUAGCUUUACCAGACUGAGAUUUUGCUUAAGCUUACAUUCUUAAAAAUAAAGGUGCAAAAAAAGGUCUUUGAAGUGAGGAUGAGGAUGCACAUUUUUCCAAUUCUUUUGACCAUUAACCGACUGUUAUUACUCAGCGAUUUAAUCAUUAACCGGCAAGCUUUAAACUAAGAAUCCAUCAAAAUAUUAAACAACAUUUAUAAAAUGGAUAGUUCUGGGGCCACGUAGACGUGGGCGCGCUUAUGAGCGCACACCUCAUUUGAAUUCUGUAUUAAUGCACCAAGAUCUUAAAAAGUGUUCCUCGUAUGCACGUUGUGGCCAGACAUUAGCAUGUAAAUUAAGUAAAAAGCCCAAAACCCUAUUAAACUUACACAAAACCUACAUUAAAAUGCAGUUAUGUUUGAGCCAAAAGGCUGACAACUAUGAAAAGUUGACCGAAUGACUAAAAUACACAAUGGGGAGCUACUGUGUUCUUUAUUCUAAUGUUCUAUAGCUAGAUUUACCACUUUAUAGUAGCCCAAUUGUUAAACGCCAUGACUGGGGCUAGCUUUAGCUCAGCACACCUCAAGAAGCGUUUGCAUAUUCAAAGAACCUCUUCGUAUUGAAAAGGCUGUAUACUAGUAAAACAUUUUCAUACAGCCAUAUGCCAUAUUGUCUAAGCCAAGAACCAUUUAGGAAGCUUUAUUUUUAAGAAUGUAGUGAGUGACGAAGUAUAAGCCAUUUCACACAGCUUUGGUUCUGCAGGGUUGAGGCACUUCAUUCUGAUUUAUGUACGGUAGAUAAUUCAGGCUAUUAAUAACACGGCCUGCAAUAUUUGAUUUGUCACUGUGAUUUUACUUUUUUCAUUUUUGAUGGUGAAUAAUAGAAGGCAGAACAUGCAGUAGGAGAGAGCGGAGCACAACCUAACACAUUUUGUUUUUGAUAAAUAAUUUUUAAAAUAUUCAUGCAAAAUUAAUUCUAUUUUUGUACAAGCGAGCUACACAUUUCUGCUACAAAAUAAAAUAUAAGAUUUGUUUUGAACGGCUACAGUUUGUGAACAAUUCAGCCAAAAGGACAACAUUACAACUUUGCCCAUAAUUGUCCGAUUGGUUGUAGCAGGCUGAGGGACUAAUUUUAACAGUGUAUAACAGUAGCAGUUGGCAUUUUUAGAGGGAAAGCAACAAAAGUGAAGAUACAAGGACAGCGCCGAUAUGGACUGUUCUUAUUGGUUACACAGAGUGGCUCCGAUGCAACACUGUGUUAAAACUAAACCUAAAGCUGUGCUAUAGUACAGCCACCAAGUGGGUAUUUAAAUUAGCAUAGAUGUGAAAUCUGUCAGUUAUACACACAACUCGGUAUAAACAAAACAUUUAUGAUUAAAAAAGUUACUUUCUUAGUAUCAAAACAGUCUAAAAGGUGAAUUCAGGGAAAUAUAUGUCCUGUUGCUGUGAAAAUUGGCAGAUAAUGUUGGAAGGUGACCGAGAGCUUCUAUGUGAACCUGGUUGACUGCAUAAAAGGUCCUUGUUACAUUUUAUCCUGUGUUCAGUUGUGCUCUGUGCUCCCCUACACUAUCCAUGCUUUUUGUAAAUUAUGGAACAUAACUUUGUUCCAGUUAGAGGACUGGACUUGCUUGUGCUUGAGAAAGCCUGAACUGUUUCUGUGCUUUAGGUCUGUAAUGUACUGCAUUCUUUUUUAAAUGGCUUACACUUUUUACACUUGACUGCUGUUCCCGCAGUUGUGGCAACACUUUUACCAUCAGUAGACAUGAACCCCAUCAGCACAAAUCAAUAUACUGCACACUCAGUCAUUCAAGAUAAGCAGUUUUAUCCUUUUUAAAGAACGAGUCAUUCAAUUUGAAGUAAGAGGAACGAAAGCUAGAAAGAAAGAAAGCCAUACCUUUUUACUAUACUGAUCAUGAUUGUAUUUCUGUAUGAUGGUCAAUGUUAUUGAUAUACCCUAUGUUUGGGAUGUGGGAGAGUGGUAUUCUGUAAUUGUAUGCAGAAAUUCAUAACAAAAUUGUUUCUAUAUUUGUAAGACUGUACAACAUGUUGAAUAUCUAUCGUUCGGCAGAUAUUGGAAUGUUCUUAUGCAUGUUUUUUGCUCCUGAUGGCAAACUUUUGUCUUGCAGUUGUACCAAUAAGGAGAAAAAAAAGAAAACAAAGGGGAAAUGAAUUUCGCUGCUGUUCUGUGAAAACUUCACAUCUGCAAAACAAACAUUUUCAGAAAAUGGAAAAAAGUGUCUUUCUACUCUUUUGGCCUAAUUAUUAUGAAAGUUCAAGUUGUUAGGAGUUGAUUUUGUGCUCCUGUAGUAUGAAGCCUUGAGGCUAUGAAGAGCCAAGAAAGAGCUGUCAGAAAGAUAAGUGAAGUUUUCUUGUGACAGCAGCGCUAUGUUGACGGGCUGUUCACAACUAAUUGUAAAUCCAACUAUAGCAUUUUUGUGACGUUGACAAAACUGCUGCUCCCGCUAAACCAGGUAUCUCCAAAUCUGUUGGUGGAGAAUGUAACCUCCUGCAAGGUUUAGCUCCAGCCCUGAUCGAAGACCGACUUUACAUGGUGGAAUUUUCAUGCAAAUUUACUUGCUUAAAACUUACACAAAGCUAAAAUUCAUUCACGUUGUAUGAUGUCAAGCCUUUUGCAGCUCACUUGAAGCUGUUUUUUUUGCAGCUCACUUAAGCUGGAACAGUUGCAACCAUCUCAAAUUUGUGAAAAAUGGACACAAAGGCUACAUUCACACAGCAGGGAAAAGUGGCACAUAUCCAAUUUUUAUUUUCAUAUGUGAUGUGACAGUGAGGUAACAGACCUCUUCAACAUUUGGGCUGAUGUUUCUGUGCGCACAAAAUUGGAAGGCAGAGUAACGUGCCCAUUUUACAGCGAGCUUGAAUGAAUUCUGGGUAACAAGUCCAGCUAUCAGAACUUCUUGAUAGUGCCUGUGAUGCUGCCGAAGAUGACACUUAAACCUCUAACACUCAUGUUAAUGUGCAGUAACUUUAGGCUAGUGGCUGUUACUGUUGACUCCAUUUUGAUUGUUUACCUCUGGAUGCGGGUGCCACGUAAAGCAUUGGGCCUCAUUUAGUAAUCGUCCGAAAAGAAGAAAUUUCUUCUUAAAACUCACUUAUGCAGUUUUCAAGAAGAUUCUGACAUUCAGUGUUUUCUUAUUUGGGAUUUGUUCAUAGGUUAGAACAGAAUCUACACACAAUCAAGAACACAAAGGUGUGAACAGUUCUGCAGUUUUAGAACACGUCAUAAAUCUGAUGUAGACUUUUUCCUAGGCCCUUUCUCAAGAACACAUUUAAGAAGAAAUGUGGGAAGAUAUUGGUAAAUGAGGCCCAUUUUUCUUUUGCGCGUGCAGGUCAGUUUAGGAGUGUGAUCUGUUCGGACUAAUGUCAGAUAAAGGUCACAUUAAAAAGAUGUGAACAGCCUAAAAAAAAUCAGAUUUUACUUGUUGUGUGAACAUAGCCAUAGUGUCAGUGAUGUGAAGCACCAAAUGCAGCUUAAGGGCAUCCCCUAGUGGAGAAUCUUGAGCCUGCUAAAAGUGAGUGAGUAGCCAGGGUUUCAUCCAGCUGCCAAAUUAAAUUCAAGCAAAUAACUAAAAUGUCACAAAAACAUUGUGACUUUCUAUGUGAGUUUCUAUCAGGGGAAUAAAACUCUCUAUGUCACAUUUGUAAAAACACUUCAGAGAAACAUGGAGUGAGAACUCCUCCUGCUGUUUUGUUUCAUUUUAUUGCUAUAUUUUAUAUCUUAAGAGUAUUAUAAACACAAUGACCAAUAUAAUUGCUCAAGAUCAGCUACAGACACUUUAUGCUUGUUUACCACAUGAUAUCACUGCUACAUUUUAUUCUUUUGAUAAGUGAAAGUUAUGCUUUAAUUUGUUCGUCAUUCCACUGAAACCUGUUAGGGUUUACUGCCAUGUUAUGUAGAUACAGCUGGGCAAAAACGAAAACACAUGAUCAGUUAGACAAAUAUGUUAUUUAUGAUUAAAAAAAAAAAGUUCUUUCUAUCCCCCUCAAGCAAGCGUAAUGUUGCUGUUUGCCAUUUCCAUCAAGUCGUUUUUAUUUGAUAUGCCAAAAUAUAUAUAACAAUAAGUGGAUGGAUACCCAGCUGUUGAGUUACAAGCAAGGUCCAUGAGGUGCUUCACAUCUAAUAUCAAAACACUGAUAACAUACUGUGUAAUCAUGUGAAAUGGUUAUUUAUGAUUCGUCCUUUAAACUGAUUGAUUUCAGUCAACACAUAUUGGAGAAGAAAGUUAAUCUUUUUGAAAUAAUGUUGCCUAUUUGCAGGUUUAUGGAAAUUCUUUUUCAUGCAACUUUACAACCUGCAGCUGGUUGUGUGAAAGUUUCACUAUGCAAAGUCAGCCUAACAGCUGAUCCAGAUGUGCCUGGGGGUGUUAAUGUACGGUUGGAGCAAAACUCAUCCAGAAGGUUGCUCUCCAUGAACAUGGUUGGAGAUACAGAAGCCAAACAAAUGGAAUCAAUGCUGUACCUCUUUGAACCCUUGAAGACUGUUUAGGUACUCAUUGUUGUACUUUGACUACCAUGAUAAGAGGAAAUAGGCCUUAAUGUUAAAUGUUCAUUUCAAAUUGGGAAGGUGUUUAUCCGUUUACUUGAUAAACCCAUAGUUUGAAUCAGCACUUUAGUAUUAUUUUGUCCAAUUUACAUCAUUUUUUUUCAUGUGGAGAACAUUCAAGUUUUGUUCCCUGAUUCUCAAUUCAGUGGGGUGUCUUGUACAUCUUAAAAAUUAAGAAUGUUAAAAGCUAAUUAUUUACUUGUUUUUGUAAAUGUUCUCUUUCCCUUCCCUAAAUUUUACCCGAACCAAAAUUGUGCAAAAUUGCACGUUUUAAUUGUGCAAAGAAAACAAAUGUAAGUUGUUACCAGCAUGUGCUCAGUGUUGUAGUUGUUUUAACCUUUAUGCAAGUGGGGACAUGUGUUACACACAAACAUAAAAAGCCAUUUAUUAAAUAAUUAAUGAACAUUUGAUGGGAGAAGCAGGCAGUCCUGCAGGUGUGGGAUCAUUUUAUGGGUUGUAAGGUUGUUUAUUUCCACUUUAAAUACCAGCAAAGAUCCACGUUAUCAAUUGUUGCCAUUAGCUGUGAGAAUUCACGUUACUGCUAAACGAUGUUUUUCACUUAUCGAGAGAUGAGGAAAGACUCAGUUUGGGUUUGCUCACAGAGUUUUCGAAUCUAAACGGUUAAUCAGACGUGAGAUAGCCGAGUGAACACGCAGGUGGCUCAAAACUGUUAAGACGAUUCUUUUUGCCUCGUUUUAUUGUGUCUUUUAAAAGUUACUGAAACACCCAGUAAUCUCUGCUGUUGUCAGGUGUCUCUUCACUUGAUUUUUCUCUUUGAAGUGUUAUGUGGGAACUACUAUUGUAUGGUUCAGUAUUCAGUAAUGUGCUGGGAAGUCUUGCGCUACACGUAUAUUUGUGUAAAAGGAAAAAAAAAAUGUCUGAAAUUUCUGUAGUACUAGUCCUGACUGAAUAUGGGACUUGGAUUUCAGAUCUGUAGCCUGGCCUCCCUUUCCCAGAUGAGGGCCACGCUCUCUGGGAGUUUAUUUACAAAAAGGGAUGGAUGGGCUUUUAUUUUUCUGAACUGUCCAAAUAUUAUAUUUACUGGAAAGAGAGACAAAAUUAUUUUUAAUCUGCACAUUCUACUUUGUUUGUGUGAAUGUUAUAGAUAUUCAUCUUGUUUUCUAAAGAAAUAUGGAACUAAUAUAAAAAAGUGAAUAAAAAUGCUAUUUUGUUCUUUA